GCGGCGGCCGGGCUGCGGCGAACGGUUAGAACCCGCGAGUCCCGUCUCUCACUGGCCGGCGGGCUAUGACGACCACUUACAGCUGCGUUGCUAAUGGCCGGGCGGUCCUGGCGGAGCUGGCCUUGACCGGCGGCUCCUACCAGGAAGCAGCGGCAAAGGUGCUUAGACAGGUGCUUCUGAAAGCCGAACCAGCGACCAUAAUCCAAAUAGGAAGCUAUGUCUACCAUACCCUCUUUAUUGAUGGAAUCACUUACUUAUGUGCUACAGACAAUGGCUUGGAUACUAUGGCACCAUCUGCAUUUCUUAAAAAAGUUAGUGAUACUUUUACAAGAAAUCCUUUGAUGUCACAAGAACGUUGUUUCCCUUCAAAUGCACCUGCUACAGAUUUUCAGCAAAUACUAGCACAGCACAUGGUGGAAUACAAUAGAAAUCAAAGUGACAACACAGUGUCUUCAGUGAAAAGUCAAGUUAUGUUGAGAAACAUAGAUACAGUUUUAGAAAAAGAAACAGUGACCAUCAUCAGUGAAGGAGCAGAGGACCCCCGGGCAACUGCCGAAGAAUUUGAAAAGACAAGGAGGGCUCCCAAGAGAACGUGGUGGAAGUGCUUCAAGAUCGUCGUGACCACACUCAAAAUCCUCCUCUCAGUCACUGUCAUUCUUUUAAGCACACACGUAAUACCCACGUGACCCUCCCUCCAAGGACUAAUAAACAGUUCCAUGGGAUCAGAGCCCUGCAUCGGGAAUUCUGAACUCACCUGGUGGAGAACUGGAGGAUGAACUCUUGCCUGACCCUUGGCGCGAGGCGUCUUCCCGCUUUCUCUUCUGUCUGUACCUCUACCUCCCUAGCACAGCUUUGCUACUGCAGCACUUCCUCCUGGGCCUCCCUCACCUUGGUGCCUUUACCCCCAGCACUCAGGAGGCUAAGGCGGCAGA